CUCUAAGUAGAAGAGAUGGUGAGGCUCACUGCUGAUUCAUGGAAAAGCCCUCAUUUUUUCAAUCCAGUUAAAGAGCGUGAGUUAGAUCUUCGAGGCAACAAGAUAGCUGUAUUUGAAAACCUGGGUGCUACUGAGGACCAAUUUGACACCAUAGAUUUAUCUGAUAACGAGAUUGUCAAACUGGAGAACGUACCUUAUCUUAACCGGUUGGGUACACUGAUCAUUAAUAACAACAGGAUUACUAGAAUUAAUCCCAGCAUUGGAGAGUUCUUGCCAAAAUUGCACACACUAGUUCUCACUAACAACAGAAUUGUAAACUUGGUAGAAAUUGACCCUUUAGCAUCCAUUCCAAAGCUGCAGUACCUUAGUCUGCUGGACAACAAUAUCACGAAGAAGCCAAAUUAUAGGCUUUAUGUUAUUAACAAACUGAAAUCCCUCCGGGUUUUAGAUUUCAAGAAAGUGAAAAGUAAGGAACGGUUGGAAGCCAAAAGCUUGUUUGCUUUGGAAGAUGUUAUGGAUGAAAUUCAAAGGUUGCCACCCAAACCAGUUUCACCUGCUGAAACUCCAAAGGUUUCAGAAGCAGCUGAGGAACAACAAACACCAAAAGCGGUUGCUCCCACACCUGAGCAAUUACUGCUAUCAAGCAAACCAUUGGAAGCUAUUCCAAAAGCUGCCAUUGUGAAUUCUCAGACUCUUGAGGAGGUUGCUAGACUUGAAAAGGCAUUGAAGUCUGGCCAGCUUCCUGCAGAUAUAAAAGGCUUGAAUGAUAAUAUACUGUUGGAUAAUGUUACUGAAAAACCUGAAGAUAUGAUUCAUGAUGACAGAGGUCAAGCUGAUGGUGAAUCCAAU